CGGCUCCCUCCUGGUUCGAAAACUGUCAAACCAACGAAAUUUAACGCUGAUGAAAUCGUGAUUGCAAUUAAUAUUAGAAAAGGAAGAGAAAGAAAAACUCCCCACCAACUUCAACCGAAGUUUUUCAUCAUCGUCUCACCAAAGAAGAAAGAAAAGCAAGAAGUUCCAUCCAAAAAAAUCUUCACCAUCUCCACAUCUAUAAACCGCGGCUGCCAUCAAAGUCAUACCACCACAGAUGAACCCAUCAUCCCCUUAGAGAGAGAGAGGGAGAGAGAGAGAAAGGCAGGCGGAGAUGGGGAGCCAUGUCUCGAAGCAGAUGGAGAGGAGGAAAUCUGUGGGCUCGGAGAAGCAGCAGCUGCACCAAUUGCACGAGGAGAGGGGAGUGACCUUCCCGGGGUCGGACCACCGGCCGGCAGACCGCAAGACGUGGAUGUCCUCCCUAGACCUCCAGCGCCUCCAAAUCAAGUCCAUCGUCUGGCCCGGCACCCACGACUCCGGCACCAACAAGGUCGGAAUCCGGUUCGUCUCCCGGCCCUUCGCGCAAUGCCAGUCCUGCUCCAUCUACCGGCAGCUCGUCCUCGGCGCCCGCGUGCUCGACAUCCGCGUGGACGAGAACCGGCGCGUCUGCCACGGAAUCCUCACCACCUACUGCGUCGACGUCGUCAUCCGGGACGUCAAGCGCUUCCUCUCCGAGACGCAGUCGGAGCUCAUCCUCCUCGAGAUCCGCACGGAGUUCGGGAAGAACGACCCGCCGGACUUCGACAAGUACCUCGCCGACCAACUCGGCGACGUCCUGAUCCACCAGGACGAGGGCGUGUUCGACCGAACGGUGGCGGAGGUGCUGCCGAGGCGGGUCAUCUGCGUGUGGAAGCCGAGCAAGGCCGCCCCGCCGGGUCCGGGAUCGCCGUUGUGGAGCCGUGGCUAUCUCAAGGACAAUUGGAUCGACACGGACCUGCCGAUGACCAAGUUCCAGAGCAACCUGAAGCAUCUGGGGGAGCAGCCGCCGGUUUCCGGUCGGAAGUACUUCUACCGGGUGGAGAACACGGCGACGCCGCAGGCGGACAACCCGGUCGUCUGCGUGCGGCCGGUGACGGGUCGGAUCCACGGGUUUGCCCGGCUGUUCAUCGCGGAGGCCUUCAACAAAGGGAUAGGCGAUCGGAUCCAGGUCUUCUCCACGGACUUCAUCGACGGGGACUUCGUCGACGCCUGCGUCGGCCUGACGCAAGCCAGGGUGGAAGGGAAAGCGUAGACUUUUUCUCCCUUCUUCUUCUUCAUUCUUCUUGAAGUCUAGAGUUGUUUGCUCUCUUUUGUCUUUUCUUUUGUGUUCUUCAAUUUGUGAACGAUCUUGAAGCUGGCUGAGAAAUUACUUUUGAUAUUAAUGUAUAUGUUGUAAAUGGAGAGUGUGUAAAAAUGUUGUUGUACUUGUAUCUUCUACUCGAUGCCAAUUUGGCAUUAAGCACAAUUAAGUGUGUUCUGGUUUCAA